AUGCUGGACGCGACACAUCUGGAGGCAGAAGUGCGGCGGCUUCGCAAUGAGAACCAGCUGCUCACGUCGCGCGUGAAAUGUGACGUCAUUCAAGAGGACGUUCUGGCAAAGUUUCAAGUGGCGCUGCAGCCGUUGCACGAGAGGGUGGCUGCCGGAGCAUACAGCGAAGACAUCGACCGGCUUGAGAUCGAUAUCUUGGAAGUAUACGAAACGCAUAUCCAAGCGUACGACGAGCGCGCUAGUGGUUUUCACGCCGAUGCGGUACAGUCACAGCGAGAAGACCUUGUCCACGGCCUCUGUGCCAGCUUGCGGCGCGUCGCUCUUAGCGGCCUCGAGGUGUCCCUGACCCAACAGCUGGAGGACGCGACUGACGAGGUUCUGCUGGAUGCAGCGGUCACGAACGAGCAGCCGCAGCUGUGGCCAAGGCUAGCACGCCUGUGGGAGGACGAGGCCCAGAAAGCAGCCGAGAGGGUGCGAUCUACUCUUGUCCGACUCGGAUGUGCAGAGGAGAGUGCGGUGCUGGAGGCGAAGGAGGCAGACGAGCUCCGAGCUUCAGCGAGAGCAGUGGUGGCUGGACGACUAGACAAUCCCGUCAUCUUCUUGCCUGAGCUGCUUCGCAGAGCGUUCGAUACAACGUUUCGGUAUCAAAGUUACCAAGGUACGCUUCGCGUCACCGGCCCCUUUACCGACCUCGAUUCCCUCUAUGCCGAGGCGAUGGCUCGAGUCCAUUCAUACCUGGACGAGUUUUCGCGACCCCUGGCUGUGAGCCUGCCGCAGCCAUCAAGCACUAUCGCCUCGAGUGCGUCCGAAGAUGCGCCGCUCGUGGACUGGCGAGCCCGCGAUCGCUUCGAGCGCGAAGUGAGGGUGCAUGCAGACGACCUGUUCGAGACGCAAGCGACCAAGCAGCUGCUCCUGCGAGGAACGUGUGAUCUGCCGCUGGGGGCGCUGGUGGUCAUGCUCUUCCUUGGGUACGACCACAUUCUCGCGACUCUGCUCCACCCACUCAAGCUGGCGGCCCUUGCGGCGAUUUGUGUGCUGUGCGGUGCUACCAUCUGGGCUCGGCGGCUCGGGCUCAUUCGCGGUAAGUGUGGCGCGUGCCUGGACACCGCACUGGCGGUGGCGACGCUCGGGGUGUGCACCUCGAUGCGGGUGAAAUCCUUCUAUGCGAGCUUGGCGGCGCGGCGCACGCGUGGCAAGGCCAAGGGCGGAGCGCCUGCUGACAGCGACGGCAGCGAGUGCGCGGAGCUCAAGCCGGCCGCGAGCGACUGCAGCCUAGCUGGGCCUGGGGCGAGACUGAUGGAGGAGGGGAGCAGCAGUUCAGCGUAUGAGGCGUAG